GGCGAAGGAAUCGGCGAAGCGAGAAAUUGAUCGUUGCAGGAGAAGGCAUGAAGAAGCUGCACGUUCUCUUUGUUUUGGUUUGCAAUGUUCGGCUUGUUCCUUCGGAAGAUUCAACAGGACAAGAUAUACAGACACACAUCGAACGUCUCCACGAGAAACUCCUGAAUGCAGAAGUGUACGACAAAACGCUGAGGCCCCUUCCUAUCUCGAACGACACUACAGCAACCUUGGUCGAGGCGUCUUUUCCUCACCGCCAUAUCGUCAGCGUCGAACUUGAUCAGGGAUGGCUGACUGUUGUUGGACCACUGAUUCUCAUGUGGACAGACGACGCCCUCUCUUGGAAUUCGAGCGAAUACGGCGGUCUGAAGACACUGGACCUUCCAGCGAGCGAAAUAUGGACUCCGGAUCUGUCAGUCUUGAAUGCCAAUCCCGAGGAUUUGCAGAUCGAGUACAAUGACGUAUAUCUGGAAAACACCGGGAUGGUAUUUCAGUCACCGUACACGCGCAUCAGGGUCCCGUGUCCCAUGGAUCUCACCGAUUUCCCAAAGGACGAGCACACGUGCAAGAUACGCUUCUCGUCUCUUGCCUACAGCAAUGACAUGCAGGAGUACGACACCGUGGCCGAUCUAGCGGAGAACGCCCUGACUGCUACUGAUCCUUGGCAGGACCACCAGUGGGAGGUGACGGUGCUCCCGAUGUGGGGAAGCGGAGAAUUGUUGAACAGGACGUACCUGGAACUGACGUUUCGCAUCCGGAGGCGUUCCUCGGAGUACCUCUUCAGCGUCACUCUGCCCUGGCUAUCGUCCGUGGUGCUUAUGUUGCUGGUCUUCUGGCUUCCCGCCAACUCUAGCCGUCGCCUGACUCUGUGCUGCAUCAACAUGCUGCUGCUUGCUCUCAUGCUGCGCAGGAUGGUCCCGCUUCUUGGUGACUCCUACAGACCACCGAAAAUUAUCUUCUUCCUGGAGGGCGCCAUGUUGCUGCAAGCCCUGGUGGUCGCCAUUGCCGUGGCGUUCCUCAACGUGACGUCGGCGCACGUGCUGUUUCCGGUGGCUGUUCCGGCUUCCGUUAUCCAUUUCCUGACCGGGUCGGCAGGCAUGGCGCUCUGCCUCCGCCACCACGACAUGACACGACACGGAGCGGCGCACACCGCUCCAGCUGUGGGAACGGACGAACUUUCUCUGCAGAAGCCGGUCACGAGACUGUCCGAGGAGCGGGCCAGGGAGUGGCUCCUGGUAGCCCACGCGCUCGAUCGACUAUUCGUAGCUGUCUUCCUCGUUGCUGCAGUUUGCGUGAUGCCGCUGUGACACCACUUGCAUAAAGACGAAUUGAGAUUAUCUGUAGACUCUGUCUAAGCUUCAACGGGAACCAACAGACAAUCAAGCUAACGAAAG